AUGAGCUCCUCUCGGGCACCCCGGAUGGGGCGUGUGGGAGGGCGAGGGAUGAUGGUGGCGGCACUGCUGCUGGUUGCCCUCCUUCUACCAGGGGCCUUGGCUAAGAGCAUCGCCACCUCCUUAGACCCCUGUAAGGACCCCACACGCAUCACCUCCCCCAAUGACCCCUGUCUCCGUGGCAACGGUGGCUCCAGCAGCUUCAGCAGCCACAGUGGCUCCAGCGGCUCCAGUGGGGGCUCUAGUGGCAGCUCCAGUGGCAGCUCCAGUGGUGGUUCCAGCAGUUCCAGCAGCUUCAUCUCCAGUAGCUCCAGUAGCCACAGCAGCCACAGUGGCUCCAGUCUCUCCAGUGGCAGUUCCGGCACCGCCCAGGGCAGUUCCCUGUUGUUUAAGCCGGGAACAGGGUAUUCCCAGAGCAGCUAUUCCUCAGGAUCUGGCUCCAGUCUGCAAGGUGCAUCCAUUUCCUCUCAGUCAAGCAGCAUCAGCUCCCAGUCGGGCAGCAUCGUCUACCAGCCAGGUCAAGGCUCCGCUCUGCCGACCAACGACGAGGCCUCUCGCACCAUCCAGUCGGGACAAGGCCAGUCCUCUGUGAUCUCCAGCAGCUCCAGCCAGCAUCCGUGCAGCUCCAAUGUCCCUGACUCUCCUUGCAGCGGCGGCCCUAUAGUCUCCCACAAUGGCCCCUACAUUUCCAGCUCCCAUUCCGUAUCAGGAGGAAAAAGGCCCGUGGUAGUGGUGGUAGAACAGCAUGGGUCUGGGGGCCCCGGGGGACUUCCAGGUGCCCCUUGUAGCAAUGGCGGCCCCCCAGGAAAGCCCUGCCCCCCCAUCACGUCUGUGCAGUCUUUUGGAGGCUACGAGGUGGUAGGAGGUUCUUCCAACAGUUACCUGGUCCCAGGCAUGACCUACAGUGGAGGCAAGAUCUACCCCGUGGGCUACUUCACCAAAGAUAAUCCUGUCAGGGGCUCUCCAGGGGCCCCCUCCUUUGCGGCUGGACCUCCUAUCUCUGAGGGCAAGUACUUCUCUGAAAACCCCAUCGUCUCUAGCCACAGCUCGUCCAGCUCCAACACCUACCAGUCGGGCGUGUCCUCAGCCGACCUGUUCCAGCCAGUGGGUUCCGGUGGUGUCCAGCCAUGUGGGGUUGGUUUCAGUGGUUCCCAGGGGCCCUGCUCUCCACCAGGUUCUAGAACCCAUAUCAGUUCAGGUGUUUCCAGCAGCUCCAGCUCAUCCUACCAUCCCUGUGGGGACGCCUCCCAGGGGCCUUGCUCCUCACCCAGCUCGGGCUCCCUGCGUGGCGGCUCGGGCCCCCAGUCCGGAGGCACCAUCAUCCUGCUGCCCUGUGGCAGCAAGUCUGUCCCAUCUGGUUACCCCUGCAUCUCUGUCUCCUCCUCCACCUUGAGCGGUGGUCCCAACGGUGCUCCCCAGCCUGACCCCUCUGCUGGGGCCAAACCCUGCGGCCCCAAAAGUGCUGGGAAAAUUCCCUGCCGCUCCAUCCGGAACCUCCUGGCCCGAGUGAAGCCUCUGGGGCCCCAGCUGGCUGACCCUAAAGUCUUCCUGCCCCAGGAGGGGCCACUAAGCGACAGCCCCUAG